UCCCAACUCUCUUUUCUAUAUAUGCAAGACCAAGCAAACCUUUCCCUUGGACCCUUGUCUUAAGCUUCCAAGAGGAAAGAUAGAAAGAAAAAAGGUAUUGCCAAAAGCAAAACAGGGAAGCUCCAAAGAAACAAUAGACCAGAGAAGAGCAUAAAAUCUGUUUUCUUGAGAAUUAGUGGUCUCGAAAAGAAAAAAAAAAGAAAAGAAACAAGUGACAUGGGGAGACCACCUUGUUGUGACAAAGUUGGUGUCAAGAAAGGGCCAUGGACUCCUGAGGAAGAUAUCAUCUUGGUGUCUUAUAUUCAAGAACAUGGUCCUGGGAAUUGGAGGGCUGUUCCUACCAAUACAGGAUUGCUUAGAUGUAGCAAGAGCUGCAGACUUAGAUGGACUAAUUACUUAAGGCCAGGGAUUAAACGGGGUAACUUUACAGAACAUGAGGAGAAAAUGAUAAUCCACCUUCAAGCUCUUUUAGGCAACAGAUGGGCUGCAAUAGCAUCUUACCUUCCUCAAAGAACAGACAAUGACAUUAAAAACUAUUGGAACACUCACUUGAAGAAGAAGCUGAAGAAGCUCCAAGGCGGUGAAUGUCAUUCUAAAGAUGGGUUAUCAUCAUCAUCACAGCAAAUUUCUCGAGGCCAGUGGGAGAGAAGGCUUCAGACUGAUAUCCAUAUGGCUAAACAGGCUUUAAGCGAUGCCUUGUCCCCAGAGAAAUCAAUUGCUUUAGCUCAGCAGAAACCCUCUAAUGGGUAUAUUUCUUAUGCGAAACCAGGAGGCUAUGCAUCAAGCACAGAGAACAUAGCUAAGUUGUUGAAAGAGUGGAUGAGAAAUCCAUCAAAGCCUGUUUCUGCAAACUCUGCUGCCACUCAACUGUCAUUUGACAAUAUGGCUGGGACUGAUUCUGCUUCUAGUGAAGGGACUCCAAGUAAGGAAGAAAAAAGUAGCAGGGAAAUGUCAGAGGCUUUUGAGUCACUGUUUGUCUUGGAAUCUUUCGAUUCUUCCAAUUCUGAUUUCUCACAGUCAAUGUCACCUGAGGCAAGCCUUUUCCAAGAUGAAAGUAAGCCAGAUCUUAAUGCCCAAGGGCAACUGUCAUUGCUUGAGAAAUGGCUUUUUGAUGAUGGUGCAAAUCAAGGGAAAGAUUACCUUAGUGAUUUCUCAUUAGAUGAGAAUGCUAAUUUUUUCUAAAGGGGGGGUUGUUGUUUUAGGGGCCUUUUGGGAUUCUUUUGAUCUUGGCUUUUUUUUUUUCGCUAGAGGUCUUGUUCAAGGAGGAAACUUGUCACCCCUUUCGUGGUAGAACAGAAGUGUAAAUUUUACAUUAUUGUGGCAGAUAUAUCCUUGGUUGAGAAUAAGUAAUUUCUGUCCUCAUUAUUUGCAUAGAAAAAGAUUUAUCAGCUUUGUAAAAUCUUGUAUUUGCAAUUAUGAGAUGAAUUAGAGUACUUGUUAUUUAAGCUGUUUUGGCUUGGAGCCUAAGAAAGUUUUAGUCGAUGAAGU